GGCGUCGCCACCACCAAGCAGGGAAGGUGGUCCGCCAGCGAGCCCGCGGGGAGAGCGGGGCCCCACCCGCCCCCGAGCUGCAGGCCUCGGCGCACCGCGCACAGUUCCUCCAUUCCUAGCCGCCCGAGGGCCCCGAUCCGCGCUCGGAGGGUGACCUCGACUCCCGGGCGGGGUCGGAGGACGCUGUCAGCUCCGCGCCCACCUCGCGAUCCCAAGCCCUCUCCGAGCCGGAGGACUGCGAGGAGGUGGCGGUGGCCCCGUGUUCCGAGAGGAACGCCCGGAGGCCAGGCCGGGGGUCAGCAUACCCCAGCAUCCGGCCGCCGCGGAACAAUGGCCGGAGGGGCUGCGGCGGGCGCCGAGGAGCCCGGGCGCCCGGGAGCUGGAAGCCCCGCCCCUCCGCCGGCUCCCUGACAACGCGGGCCGGGCCGCGCCGCCUGCUCCCCGCCCCUCGGCGCCCGGCACCAGGCGGGGCCCCGGUGGGAGCGCUGCAGCCGCAGCUGCUGCUCUGCAGAGCGGGGCCCGGGGUCGGGGCCGGGGCGCCCUCGUUCCCACUUUUCUCCCGCCGCUAUGAGCCAGGGAAGUCCGGGGGACUGGGCCCCCCUCGACCCUACCCCGGGACCCCCGACGCCCCCCAACCCCUUCGUGCAUGAGUUACAUCUCUCCCGCCUCCAGAGGGUUAAGUUCUGCCUCCUGGGGGCACUGCUGGCCCCCAUCCGAGUGCUUCUAGCCUUUAUCGUCCUCUUUCUCCUCUGGCCCUUUGCCUGGCUUCAAGUAGCUGGUCUCACCGAGGAGCAGCUUCAGGAACCAAUUACAGGAUGGCGGAAGACCGUGUGCCACAAUGGGGUGCUGGGUCUCAGCCGCCUGCUCUUUUUCCUGCUGGGCUUCCUUCGAAUUCGAGUUCGGGGCCAGCGGGCCUCUCGCCUUCAAGCCCCCGUCCUUGUUGCCGCUCCCCACUCUACUUUCUUCGACCCCAUUGUCCUGCUGCCCUGUGACCUGCCCAAGGUUGUGUCCCGUGCUGAGAACCUUUCUGUGCCUGUCAUUGGAGCCCUUCUUCGCUUCAACCAAGCCAUCCUAGUAUCCCGGCACGACCCGGCUUCUCGGCGCAGAGUAGUGGAGGAGGUCCGAAGGCGGGCUACCUCAGGAGGCAAGUGGCCCCAGGUACUAUUCUUUCCUGAGGGCACCUGUUCCAACAAGAAGGCUUUGCUUAAAUUCAAACCAGGAGCCUUCAUCGCAGGGGUUCCUGUGCAACCUGUCCUCAUCCGAUACCCCAACAGUCUGGACACCACCAGCUGGGCAUGGAGGGGCCCUGGAGUACUUAAAGUCCUCUGGCUCACAGCCUCUCAGCCCUGCAGCAUCGUGGACGUGGAGUUCCUCCCUGUGUACCACCCCAGCCCAGAGGAGAGCAGGAACCCCACCCUCUAUGCCAACAAUGUCCAGAGGGUUAUGGCACAGGCCCUGGGCAUUCCAGCCACCGAGUGUGAGUUUGUAGGGAGCUUGCCUGUGAUCGUGGUGGGCCGGCUGAAGGUAGCACUGGAGCCACAGCUCUGGGAACUGGGAAAAGUGCUUCGGAAGGCUGGGCUGUCCCCUGGUCACGUGGACGCUGGGGCAGAGCCAGGCCGGAGUCGAAUGAUCAGCCAGGAGGAGUUUGCCAGGCAGCUACAGCUCUCUGACCCCCAGACGGUGGCUGGAGCCUUUAGCUACUUUCAGCAGGAUGCCAAGGGUUUGGUGGACUUUAGAGAUGUAGCCUUGGCACUGGCAGCUCUGGAUGGGGGCAGGAGCCUGGAGGAGCUGACUCGCCUGGCCUUUGAGCUCUUUGCCGAGGAGCAAGUAGAAGCACCCGACCGCCUGCUGUACAAAGACGGCUUCAGCACCAUCCUGCACCUGCUGCUAGGGUCACCCCGCCCUGCUGCUGCGACUUUGCAUGCUGAGCUGUGCCAGGGGGGACCCCACCAGGGCCUCUCCCUCUGUCAGUUCCAGGACUUCUCCCUCCACGAUCCGCUCCACAGGAAGCUCUUCAGCACCUACCUGCGCCCCUCCCAGAAACCACAUGCCUCAUCCCCAGGCAUCCCCACUGCUCUGGCCAACGGGACUGUGCAAGCUCCCAAGCAGAAGGGCGACUGAGCGCCUCGACCUCCCCAGCUUGCCUCCGGCCUACCCUGUGCCUCAAACCCAUUUGCUCCUGCUUGGUUUUUUUGUUAUUGUUGUUUUUUUUAAUUUGAUUUUCAUUUUUUUUUUGUUUGUUUGGGUUUUUUUUUUGUAAGAAACUAUUUUAUAUAUAAAUAUAAAUAUAUAUCUAUAUCUAUUUAAAAAAAAAAAAAGUAAGGCUGUUACACUGGUGAUAUCAGCUGGGAACAAAAGGGAUUAAUGGUUGUAGGCUGCCCGUUGGAAGAUCCCAAAGGUUCCCAGGGUCAGUCCUCUUGGCCACUGCUGAAUGAAUCCUCACUUCCAGUUGGACUGGACGGAGCUUUUUCCUGCACAGAAAUCCUGCAAAUCUCACAUCCUCCUCUCCUGCUGUCAAACCUUACAUAUGCACAUUUUAACAGGCUUCCUCAUGAACCUCUUUUCAGCCUAUUCCCUCUUGUUCUGUCCUCAUUAGAAAUUAAAAAAUAGCUGACUACCAUUUUA